CGGCCUUCGCGCGCAGGCGCGCAGCCGUUGCGGGUCCAGUGGUUGCGAGCAGAGCGGUUUCCUGAGUGGCUCCGCUGGGAGGGACUGGGCUGUGCAGGUUCCGAGGCCGGCGGGCAGCUCGGCCCGGCCUGAAGCCCCGGCAUCCGCCUCCUUCACUGUCCUUGGAUCCGUCGCCAUGAAUUCCGCCGUCAUCGUGGUCCACGGCGGCGGAGCCAGCAGCAUCUCCAAGGACCGGAAAGAGCGGGUCCGCCAGGGCAUCGUCAAAGCCGCCACCGUGGGUUACAACAUCCUCAAGGAGGGAGGGAGCGCCGUUGACGCUGUGGAAGGAGCCGUCGUUGUCCUGGAAGACGAUGCCGAGUUCAACGCAGGUCAUGGAUCUGUCUUGAACGAAAAUGGUGAAGUUGAAAUGGAUGCUAGUAUCAUGAAUGGGAAAGACCUGUCUGCGGGAGCAGUGUCUGCAGUCCGAUGUGUCGCAAAUCCCAUUAAACUUGCGCGGCUUGUUAUGGAAAAGACACAUCAUUGCUUUCUGACCGACCAAGGUGCAGCAAAAUUUGCAGCAGACAACGGGAUUCCAGCAAUUCCUGGAGAGCAGCUGGUAACAGAAAGAAACAAAAAACGCCUAGAAAAAGAAAAGCAUGAGAAGUGUGCUCAGAAAUCGGACCCUCAAAAAAGCUUGGGGACCGUGGGUGCCGUGGCCGUGGACUGCCGAGGAAACGUGGCUUACGCGACCUCGACUGGGGGCAUUGUUAACAAGAUGCUGGGGCGCGUCGGGGACACGCCGUGUGUAGGAUCUGGAGGUUAUGCUGACAAUGACAUUGGAGCCAUUUCAACGACGGGUCAUGGGGAGAGCAUCCUGAAGGUGAAUCUGGCCAGACUCACCCUCUUCCACGUAGAACAGGGGAAGACAUUAGAAGAGGCUGCUGAGGCGUCGUUGGGUUAUAUGAAGUCAAAGGUCAAGGGUGUGGGGGGUGUCACCGUGGUCAACAAAGCAGGAGACUGGGCAGUAAAGUGGACCUCGGCCUCCAUGCCCUGGGCAGCCGCAAAGGACGGCAAGCUGCACUCUGGAAUUGAUCUCAGCGACACCAGCGUCACUGACCUGCCCUAAUAAGCCUGGGACGACGGCAUUCUCGACGCCAGCUUGGUCAUAAAGCAGGUUCCUGGUGUGGAGACUUAGCCUAAUCAAUUAGAUCUAGAAAUGGAAAAGUUC